AUGUAUAGUCCAAGGCUUGGACUUGGUAUACCUUUUCGUUCUUCAUUGAAUGUUAGUUCAAAAGUACAAGGGCAGGUCAUUGGAAUUGAUUUAGGCACAACUAAUAGUUGUGUGGCUAUUAUGGAAGGAAAAACACCACGUGUGAUCGAAAAUGCUGAAGGUGGUCGCACUACCCCGUCGGUAGUUGCUUUUACUAAAGAAGGUGAAUUGUUAGUCGGAUUACCUGCUAAACGUCAGGCUGUGGUCAAUCCUGAAAAUACUUUUUUCGCUACUAAACGGUUGAUCGGACGUAAAUUUAAAGAUCAAGAAGUACAAAGAGAUAUUACUCAUGUCCCAUAUAAAAUUAUUGAACAUUCAAAUAGUGACGCGUGGUUAGAAUCUCGCGGUAAAAAAUAUAGUCCUGCUCAAAUUGGUGGUUUUACAGUAGAGUCUUAUCUGGGAAAACCCGUGAAGAAUGCAGUCGUUACCGUACCCGCAUAUUUUAACGACUCUCAACGUCAAGCUACAAAAGAUGCGGGUCAAAUCGCAGGUUUAAACGUGCUCCGAGUUAUCAAUGAACCGACAGCCGCAGCACUUGCUUACGGGCUUGAUAAAGCUGGUGAUAAAGUCAUUGCGGUUUAUGAUUUGGGUGGUGGUACAUUUGAUAUUAGCAUUUUGGAAAUUCAUAAAGGAGUUUUCGAAGUCAAGUCAACUAAUGGGAAUACUCACUUGGGUGGUGAAGAUUUUGACAUUAAAUUAGUUAAACAUAUAGUUGAAUCGUUCAAGAAAGAGGAAGGUGUCGAUUUAUCUAAUGAUCGAAUGGCGAUUCAACGUAUUCGUGAAGCAGCAGAGAAAGCCAAAAUUGAAUUAUCAUCAACGCUUCAAACAGAUAUCAAUCUUCCAUUUAUUACCGCUACCAGUGCUGGUCCCAAACAUCUCACUAUGAAAUUGACUCGCGCAAAUUUCGAGACUUUAACGAAAGAUCUCAUUGAGAUGACUAUUCCACCUUGCAAACAGGCUCUUAAAGAUGCCGGAAUUGAAACAAAAGAAAUUAGUGAAGUAAUAUUAGUUGGCGGUAUGACGCGUAUGCCUAAAGUUAUGGAACUUGUGAAAUCAACGUUUAAUCGCGAACCUACAAAGAGUGUAAAUCCUGAUGAAGCAGUAGCAAUCGGUGCUGCAAUUCAAGGUGGUGUACUUGCUGGUGAAGUUACUGAUAUAUUGCUAUUAGAUGUUACUCCAUUAUCCCUUGGAAUUGAAACUCUUGGAGGUGUAUUUACACGACUUAUCAAUCGAAACACUACGAUCCCAACAAAGAAAUCACAGGUGUUUUCAACAGCUGCGGAUGGCCAGACAAAAGUUGAAAUUAAGGUAUACCAAGGUGAAAGGGAAUUAGUUAGUGGUAACAAAUUACUUGGUAACUUCCAAUUGGAAGGAAUUCCACCUUUACCUAAAGGUGUUCCUCAAAUCGAAGUUACAUUUGAUAUCGAUGCCGAUGGUAUUGUAAAUGUUAGUGCGCAAGACAAGGCAACUGCAAAAGAUCAAUCCAUCACUAUUACUGCGCAAUCUGGUUUGAACAAGGAUGAGAUUGAAAAUAUGAUUCAUGAAGCUGAACGUUAUGCUGAUGCAGAUCGUGAAAAGAAAGAAUCUAUUGAAGCACUUAAUCGUGCUGACUCCGUGAUUAGCGAUAUAGAGAAGAGUAUGACCGAAUUCAAAGAUCAAUUAGAUUCAUCGGAAGCUGAAAAUAUCAAUUCACAGAUUCAGUCAUUGCGUGAAUUGACGACUAAAGCGCAAGGCGGUGAAGAUGUUAAAGCAGAGGAUAUUAAUGCUAAGAUUUCUGAAUUGCAAACUGGUAGCCUGAAGCUGUUUGAAUUGGCUUAUAAGAAGGUAAGAUUUGUAGUUAUAUUCGGUUAUAAGAUUUCAUGA